UCAAAGAACAGAUGUGGGGGUAUGUGAGGUUGGUAUAAAUAUUCGUUCAUUUUUUAAAAUUUCUAUUGUGUGGUUGUGAUACAAAUUCAACAUGCUAAGACUGGUUAUCUCCUGCAUCUGCUUAGCUUUGGCGGCAGCCCAAACGCCAGGUCCAUUCCCUGUAGCCGGUGGAUUCCCCGGUCAAUUCGGAGCGCACCCAUUCUUCCCAGGAUACGGACCUCAGCCACAUGCCUUCCCCGUACAACCCAACCCAUCACCAGCACCUGUCCCUAAACCCAUUGUCGCACCAAAGCCUAUCGCACCAGCUCCACAGUUCCCUAAAGGACACAUCGAUAUACUUUCUCAGCAAAACUUCCCAUAUCAUCCGCAUCAUCAGCCAGGACAAUUCAUCCCAAUCCUUAGACAGAACAGCAACCAACAACCUGGUGCUGGAUAUCAAUGGGACUUUGCCAGUGCCAACGGAAUUAGCGCAUACGAAAACGCCGAAAUUAUACCGAUAAAUGAAGAACAAGCGACAAAGAACGUGCAAGGUGGCUACCAAUACACUUCACCUGAAGGAAUUCCAGUUGAAGUAACUUACACUGCCGGUGAUUUUGGUUUUGUACCCAACGUAAGAGUACACAUUGGACACGCUGGUGAAUAUAAACACUAAAUCCAUCGAUCGACAUUAUCCUGUUUUGUAUUUAAUGUGUACAUUUUAAUAAAGAAUAUUAUUAAUUA